AUGGAGCCGCCGCCCCGCCCCCCGGAGCGCCGCCGCUUCUUCCUGCACUCCACGCAAUCGGAAAGCCGACUCCGCACCGCGUCCACAGAAGGGCAGAGCGCGAUCCGCCUCUUCAGGCUCAACAGCGGCAAAUCGACGCGUGCUGUUUCUAGUCCUGCGGGUCCUGCGGCUGGUGCUGUGGGACAGCGGGGUAAUGAGGGGGUUGUGGAGGAGGCGACGCCGCCGCUGCCUGAGAAGGGAAAGGGCAGGGCUGUUGCUACUGCUGCUGCGGCCUCCGGCACGUCGAGCGGAGAGGCACUGCACGGGAAACAGAAGAGCGAGACUGCUCGAGAAAAGGACGAGACGCCGCCGCCGACGCCUUCGAAGUCAGCAUCCAAGACAGAGACAGAAAAAGCCGGCUCCGCGCAGCAGCAAGUUCAGCCGACCAUCCAGGACGAUUCAUCGACCCCUCCGGCUCCGCCCAAGAAAGACAGCAACGACACCAUCACCGGCGCCGCGGCCAACAUUCCGCAGACAUAUCGCCCACCCCGCGCAUCCAGCCUCGCGAACUUGUCAGGCAGUCCACGCAGCCGCAACCCCAACGCCGACACUGACGUCGAUACUAACCCCCUGCCCACGCACGUCAGCACGAGCACGACCACGCCAUCCACAAGCGGUGCCAGUACCAGCACUAGUGCCGCAACGCCCACCCUCACUACUGGCAAUGGCACAAGCACUGGCACAAGCACCACCGACUCCGCCGGCGUCGGUAUACACAGCUUCCCCCUCCCCCCCAAAUACACAUACACCUACUUCCCCACAAUCACUAGCACGCGCAUCCCCACUCCGCUCUUAAGCAACAACCCCUGGGCCGCAGCGCCCGCAGCGCCAGCCCAACCAACACAACCAACGCAAGCGCAACCAGCCCAACCACAACCAGCCCAACCACCACCACCGCCCCGCCACCCAUCCCACUCCCACUCCCAACGCCACAACCGCUCCGAAUCAGGCAACACGGCGCUGAGCCCGCGUGCACCGAAUCUGCGCGGGGCGCAGCAGCCGCCGAACUUCAGCUACCCGCGGGCCGAGUACUAUGUCUUGCGCGGGGUGGAAGUGGGCGGUGGUGGUGUCGGUGCUGCUGGUGGAAGGGGCAGAGGAAGAAGAAAGGCGCCACUGCCGCUGCCGCCUGUGCCGAGGAUUCUGUCUGUUUAUACGCGGGAGGGGGAGGGUGUGGUUGAAGGCGAGAGUAGUGAGGUGGAGGAGGAGAAAGGAGGGGAAGAGAGAGGGAAGGCGGAGUGA